AUGAUCAUCUCAAAGAAACUUUAUAAACUGGCAAGGAAGUGGCAGAGAAUGGCUUUGGUAAAGCAUAGGAGAAUCUCGUAUCCAAGAAGUGUAGUUGCCGGUGAAGGCCAUUUUAUUGUGUACACGACUGAUAAGAAAAGGUUCAUGGUUCCCUUGGAAUAUCUGAGUCAAAAUGUCUUCAGGGAGCUCUUGAGAAUGUCCGAAGAAGAGUUUGGUCUUUCAAGCGAGGGAGCAAUCAUAUUGCCUUGUGGUAGUACCCUCUUGGAGUAUGUCAUUUCAUUGAUCCAACGACACAUGCCCGAAGAGUUAGAGAACGCUGUGCUCACUUCCAUAGCAACAUGUCGCCACUUGGCAUCGUCUUCUCUUGCUCAAGGACAAAGCCAUCAACAAACACUUAUUUUUAGCUAUUGA